AUGCACGCCCUUUCCAGGUCGAUACCAUGUUCUGCCUGUCGCUGCUACAGAUCCUACGCCGCCUCAGCUAGAAUUCUCGCAAGAGCGGCGUCCACCACAGCCCAGCAGUUUCCAUUCCCUGCCCACCGCAAUCCGAGCCCCCAUGAGGUUUUUCAUCUGCCUCGGAAUGCCACAGAGGCAGACAUAAAAGCGAGGUAUUUCGACCUUGUGCGGCUGUAUCACCCGGAUAAAGCGUCAGACGUGCCCGCGGAUGUGGCCCACCACCGGUUCCAGGUUAUCACCCAUGCCUACGACGUACUGCGAGGGAAGAAGGCGUCUGGAACUGUAGACGGGGACCAGGCGAACCCUUCUGUCGACCUCAGAUACCAGACAACAGCAGCGUGGCGGACAAUGCACCGGCGUCGAACAGAGGAGCUGUACAAGAGCGGUGCUGCGGACGACAAGUGGAAGGACAGGUUAAUCGUGGCUGGAGUCAUCGGUACGAUACUGUUCGUUAUCACUAACACGAUGACGACACGGAGAGAAGUCAUGGCAGAGUUCAGCAGGAGUAGGGAGCAGAGUGCCGCCCAGCAACGGCAUCAGCGGCGCGUUCAGAUAGCUGCUCAAGAGGCGCGACUGGCUGCGGAGGAAUCAGCACCUAGCGCAGAAAGUUCAUGA